AUGGACGAAGCACCAGCACCCAAGCGCACCAAGAUCGUCUGCGAAGACACUCCUAAAAAGUCCAUUGACAACUCAACCGGAAAAACAAUGUCUGGGUUUAAGCGCGACAGACACGGGAACGAGAAGAGGUUCGACAAUGGUCCCCGACCGGCUCCCAAGCCCAAGGUGGCCGUCGUAAGAAACGCCUACACGCCCAUGUUCGAGCAAUUACGCGACGAGCUCGACGCCCACCAUGAUCGUCGCGACCGCCUCGGGAAGGUUUCGAGGGACGUUACCGGACUCAGCAAGAAAAUAGUCCGUACCAUCAACCCCGAUCUUCCUCCCCAAAUUCAAGCCGAGGUCGACUCUCGCCUCGCCGAAAUCUCCAAGCUCCUGGCCGUCAUGGUUCCAGACGUCCAAGGCAUCAACCGUCACCGCUACUCUCGCUCUCUCAUGUGUCUGGAGGAGCUUGCCGAGGCACUCACCUUUGCUCACUAUCUCAAGACCCAAACUCUCCUCAAGCCGGAGGAGCUCUCGGCGUUUGUGGAGGAGCUUACCCGGAAGGGCGGCGCUGCUGUAUCAGAGGGGAAGGAGAAGGACAAGGAUGAACCGAUGCCAGACGCUGGAAACACGCCGGCGCCUGCGGCCUCCGGCGAUCAGGAGACGACCACCGAAAGCGACCCCAAGCCAGCAGAGAACGAGCAACAGCAGCAGCAGCAGUCAAAGCCAGAACCACCGAUCAUGUCAACAACAGAAGACGACUAUUUCUACGGCGUCUUUGACCUGUCUGGCGAGAUGAUGCGCUUCGCGACCACCAGCACAGCCUUGACGGGCAAGAUGGCCGGUGCCGAAGACGAGCGGACCAUUGUGGAAGACAUGCACGAGCUCGGUAGCUUCUUUGAGAUGCUGCCGAUGAAGGCAGGUGACAAGAAACAGUGGGAGAAGAAGCUGGAUGUUAUGCGGCAGUCGGUGCGCAAGGUCGAGAGGCUGGGAUAUGAUAGGAAGAUUCGCGGUAGUGAGCGACCGCAGGGCUGGGUUCCUGAUUUAACGGUGGAUCAGCCGGGUGAGGAGGAGGAGUGA